AUGAAAAAUAAUUCCAAUCAUAGUACAACUGAUAAACCACAAUUACUAUGGCUAAGACAUUUUGGUGCUGGUGUUUGUGCUGGUGGUAUAAGUCGUACAUGUACAGCUCCAAUUGAUCGUUUACGAACUUUUUUUCAAGUUUAUGGUCUUGAUUCCCAUGCACGAAUGACUAUAAGUACAACAGUAACUUCCAUGGUUAAAGAAGGUGGUAUUCGAUCAUUAUGGCGUGGUAAUUUAAUGAAUGUAAUUAAAGUAUCACCAGAAACUGGUCUACGUCUUAUGUCUUACGAAGCAUUUAAACGAUUGUUAGGACAAACAUCAACACAUGAAAUUCAUAUAUUUCAGAAGUUUUUAUGUGGUUCAGCAGCUGGUUUUACUGCUAGUGCAUUAAUAUAUCCAAUGAAAACCAUUAAAACUCGAUUAACUAUACGUAAAACAAAUGAAUAUAAAUCAAUUGUGGAUUGUAUUAUGAAAAUAUAUCGAAUCGAAGGUUUACGUGCUUUUUAUAAAGGUUUAUUACCAAGUGCCUUAGCUAUUCUUCCAGCAAGUGGUAUUGAUCUUGCAUUAUAUGAAACAUUGAAACGACGUAUAGAAGCAUAUAAGGGUUAUACAACAAAUCCAUUAGAAAAAUUAAUUGUUGGUAAUAUAUCGAAUGGUGUUAGUCAAUUUUUUAUUUAUCCAUUAUUAAAUGUUCGAACACGACUUCAAUCAAAUGUUGGUAAAACUGAUACUAUGACACAAAUUUUAAAACGUUUAUGGAUAAAUCAUGGAAUACGAGGUCUUUAUAAUGGAUUUUCAUUACAUAUGUUACGUUUGGCACCAUCGAGUGGAAUUUCAUUUCUCACUUUUGAAUAUAUUAGUAAAUUAUUAGGAGCUAAAGCUUUGUAA